UAUUAGGUCAUCGAGGCGAGUCCCUUUGAAGUUCUGUCGUUCAUUCUACAAAGAGGCGACGUACCGAUCUCUGGCGGCGGCUUCUUGCGGGAUAUUCGUCGAGUCCAGAAGAUUGACAAGUACACGGAUGUUAUGCAAUUAGUUCUUCCCCCGGUGCAAAUCGGAUUCUACACUCUCAAACCGCGUGAUCUUUGCCUAAUGCGAUACUGGCGAAAGGAAGACGACGGCAGCUAUUUGAUCGUCAUGUCCUCCACAGAGCAUGCCUCGUGCCCUGAGACCAAGCAGUUUGUGCGUGCGCAUGUGGAUUCCUUUGCGAUACACAUUGGAGUGCCGCUCAGCGACGGCGACGUAGAUUGUAAGUCGUGCAAGAAGCGGAGCCUGUGUGCCUUGUACGUUCGAUACGAUCCCGAGUGUUGGAAGUCCUAUUUUGCUCAGUACGGCAACGUGGCGAUGCGGUUCUGUAUGGGUCUCCUGAGGAUGAUUGUGCAUAUCCGUGACGAAGUGCACGAGCUUAGCUUCACCUCAGAUGCGUCGUGGUUCAGCAGUGUGCCCACCGAUGGCACCCACACCACCAUACAGUACAAGAAGACACUCGCGGAAGGCGGGGAGGAGAUUGAGAGAAAGCAUCCCGAUAGUGCAGUCAAGCCAGCCAAGUUCAUCCCGUGCAGUCUGCAUAGGUCGAUGUGGGCUGAACCGAGCCCCUCCAGCUUCCGCGUGCGAGGUCCAACGUAUCUGGAGGAUGGUAAGAAGGUCAAAGCCACCGCCUCCCCCUUCAGGCUUGUGGGAAUGGAUAUGUUAUCCUUUACUGAUUAUUUGACGUGCUUCAACGUCUGUGCGGAUUCGAGCAACAUAAUACGUCGCAUGAAUGAAAAGGAGCAGGCGGAUUCGGAAGUUCCUUACACAUUUGCCGUGAACUUCGUUCUGCCAGGGCGAGAAAACAUUUGUAUCGUCUGCUAUUUCCAGCCAAGCGAGAAGGACUGGAGAGACGACCCGAAGUAUUCCAAGUUCAUGGAGUCCUUCCUGGACUUCGUUGAUGGCGACGAUGACUACCGGAACGCUCGCUUCAAGAUCAUUCCCUUUCUGGCGGAGGGCGGGCUAAUUCUCAAGAAGACACUCGGGUCGCAAUUCUUGCAGAAGCCUACUCUACCAGGGAAGAAGGGCGUCAAAAUGCAUCAUCACAGAGGCGAGAACUAUUUCGAGGUUGAUAUUGACAUCGGUUCCGAACCCCACGCACGCGAUGUAACCAAGCUGCUCAAAGAGAGCCUGCGCAAUGUUGUGAUCGAUGUUGCCAUCCUCUUUGAGGCGCAAGAGGUGGAUGAACUACCCGAGAUGAUCCUCGGAACAGCACGCUUGAGCAAGGCAAAUCUGGCGAACGCCAAACGGAUGGUGGUGGAUGAUAACUUGCCUGAAAGUAUCAGAGAUCUGAUGAUCAGGGAUAGAGUCUCUGGCAAGAGGGUCAUGGCCAACUCGCGAUCGCCCAUUCCGUUUGAAACGGAGAUGUUUGUCGGAAAUGUGAUCUUCAAGUUUAAUACCGACCCGGUAGAUCCUGUGUACGCUCCUUACUUUGAGGGGAAGAAGCGAAUGUUCGAGAUCCAAGUGCAGGGGCGCUUCAAGAACAAGACAGACGCCAGCUUGUGCCUGCUGGGAUUGGAAGGAACUUACCAUCUGGAGCUGGGAAUGUUUGGAAAGGGUCUCGUACACGUCCUCACGAAGUUCGUGUUUGCGAUAACACCGGGUGCUCAAGCGCACAUGGGAGACAAACACUCCAGCAACGAACCGUGCUUGAACCCAUGGAUGCUCUGCAUGCCUUUAGCUGGCACAGUAGAUCGAUUCAUAGAGACGCCGCCGGGAAAGCAGCCCCCUAAGGUUGGCGUAGACAUGCUUCCAGAAGUUACUACGAAGGCCGAGUGGCAGAAAAUCAAGGAUUACUCCCCUGAGAAUAUUUACAGUAUAAGCAUGCACGGCAUGUACGUCGACUUCGUGAGGUGGCUGGCCGUGGGUAUACCAGGCGUGGGCCAGAUAGAUCUGCGUAAGCUACUCGGUGUGCAGCCGUUGAGGAUAGUGGCAUUUGCAACUCCGCCAGGACAUGUUGGUGCGCUAACGCAGAAUGAUAAGAAGUAUCUCUUUGACUUCGAGCUGAAUCCUCCUGGGGAGUGAUCAGAUCGACAGACGACGGCACCAAUCGUUUACUUUAGCGUGAUUUCCAAUCUACUACAUUUUUAGCGUGAUACAAAUUGUGAGUUUAUAUAUUUGUUGAGAAUGGACUUGGGUACGGCUGCGUUUGAGCUGCUGGCACUAAUUGGCCGCGUCAAAGCCAAGGUGUAUGCGUCGCAUUCGAAUUAGCCGUGUGUACACACACAGGACAGAGUCUCAGUACUUCUCACACUCGCCCUUACUGCCAAUUGCAUACAUGUAGUAGGCCGUAUACCAGUCUCCCACACAUAAGGCCCCAGUGCUCCAGCCGAGCGUCCAUUGUAUGGAACGAAUCACAGUUUUCAACCGCAUUGCUCUCCAAGAACACUGACGUGAAUAAGCAAUGGCGUAGUCGAAUCCACCAUCUCGACUUCCAUUUUUCUAUCGCACCGUAUAGAAAAUCUCGACUGGGGAAGAUAGUUCACUACUUGGAGACGCGGCGAAAAAAAACCCCGCACAUAUAUUAGGCUAGCUGGACGUCACACGUAGGUAUCCAGCUCACAGCAAUACCACUUUGCAUUAACGUGCAGCAAUUGUCUUCAUACCUCACCUGAUGGUAGAUUCAAGAGUGAAAUAAGAAUAAACUCCAUUCAGCCUCGAUUCAAUAAUCAGCCGAUGUACACCUCAAUGAGGAAAAUAAAGUGAAGGCUCUGAGGGUGACAAAUGUACCUCUAAAUCUUCAUGGAGC